UGGCCUCGCUGAGGGUGCACUGCUGCGCUGCGACGAGUCUGAUCCUGUAAAAAUAUAGUGUGUUUGAUGCUCGAGGAUCAGAGCAUACAUGCGUAACUAUGUAGCCGGCGGAUCAUCCUUGCUCCUGAAGGCAACUUUGCGAAUGGCAAUGUGGCUCCUCACGAUGGUUGCUCAAAUGCGGUCGUCGAAUCCAGAACAAAGGCCGACGAUGUCGCAGCUUGUGGACACUGUCACUGAAAUGCGACACAGUUGUCCGGCGGCGAUAUUGUCUGAUUAUAUCGGUACUCAGCGGAGGGCGGUAGAGUGGUAGAAGUGGUAGAAAUUGGCUGCAUAUCAUAGACGGAAUUGCCGACAAUGAGCUUAUUGCGUCAUCAGCU